GCGGAGGCGGGUCCAUGUGCAAGUGAUAAUUUGCGACCGGUCGCUCCUUGCGGUGGGUCUGUCUCUAUGUCAGAUACCUGUCCGGUAGCUGGCAUGGUGAAUGGUCUCGGGAGUAGCACAGGUUGCAGAGAUCCCCGAGGCAAAACUGGUUGUGCUCCUUCCCGAGGUUACCGCCUGUUAACUGCCUGGUUCUACCGUAGAAACAGGUAAGAACGGAAACAACCAGUUGAACCUUCGUAGGGCAAGUUUUGCAAGGGAGCAGACACAAGGACCGGAAGUAGGUGUUGUCAUCCGGAUGACUGCACCUCCAACUGGGCCAAGUGAGUGAACCAUUGUAAAACACCCUUAGUGUAAUCCCAACCUAUCCAUAUCCCUCAGAUGGGUCGCAAUGUUUGCCAUCAUGAUGACGCCGCUGUAGGCUUGACUUCUUUAUGAGGACGAGUCUGUAGGGGUGGGAUGGUGAUGGCAAACAACGAUCCGUAUCCCGUAUAAUCAGCCGUAGGCGAUGACGUGGCAUGUCGCAGCGGGCUUCCCAUCCACAAAGAAGGAUGGGAGGCGGUAGAAUGCCACCCGCGUGUUUGUGCCGUGCGCGGGGACCCGUACGGGUGGAGAAGGAGAUCCUGGGAGUCUAGGCGAAGCAGGGGUCUGCGGUCGUUAUCCCUGUUAGGCGAAGCUCCUUUGGCUCCAUAUUCAUCUCACACGGGCGGUCUUAGUCUAGCCAGCUAGGAUCAAUCGGCUGCCGUGUCCAGUCAGAUGGCCACAAGGUUAGUUCUCUGGGGUGUAGGGGUCUGUAAUCGGCGGAGCACGAUUCACUGCGUCGGCUGAGGAGCUGACCAGGGUUUUGGCACCGUGCGGAUUCACAGACAACGCAUCCUGGAUUACUAUAGCAGACUUGGUAGCCCUAAUGCUUCAAUGCAUUCCAAAUGUGUGGCUCCGUGGUGGGUGGGGAACCAGUUUGCUGAAAUUUUUCAUUGUCUUUUUUUUAUGGAUACAAAAGUACCUGUAACGACGGGGGGAGGGGACGCCGUACCCGUACGGGAUGAGGCGAAGGCGCAUAGCGCAAAGGUUGCUGCACCAGCGAUUAGUGGGGCUGUCUGUGACAGAUCCACGAGCGUUGGCAGCGGCAACACGUGGACGUCCGCUAGGACGGGGGCCAAGCGUAGGGGCCACGGCGGAGCUGGCCAUCCCAACAGCACCAACCCGUCUCUUCCCUUAGGGUUGAAGAGUGGGGGCGCAAAGCAAGCACCCCUCGGGGAGCCGACUAGCGCUGGUGCUGGGGGGAUGGGCCGCGGAGCAACGGCCAACUGCGGGAGGGACGUGCCGCUUCCAAAUUCUGGUAGGGCGGCUCCGGGCGCCAUUGACGACGCUACUGCACCCCAGGGUGUGGAUGCGCAGUCGGGUGGAGGAGUAGCCCCAACCAGGAGGCAGAAGAGGCGUGCGAAGGCGCGGGCGAACCGAGACGCGCAAGAGGGGGCCGGACCCUCCACUAGUGGGGCGGGGAGGCAGGCAACUAAGAGGUCACUGGGGGCCAGUGGCGACUCUUCUCUGCUCGCUGGCGACCACAAGCGAACAAGGGUGGGGGGGACGUUCGCUGAGGUAGCGGCGAGCGAGAAGAUGGCCAUCGUCCCAGUGACCUUUCCAGAGGAGAAGGUGUUGUUGGAGCAUAGGUCGGCCAUAGUGAGCGUCCUGCUCGUGGCGUUAGACGAGGCGGCCGAUCCUAUGCCUGACAUCACGUUAGGUGCUGUCACGGGGGGUGCGCUUCACAUCACCUGCGGAGGAAGCGACGCAGUGGGAUGGCUCCGCUCGGUGAUCGGAAGAGGAGAGAUCGGCGGGCGGCGCCUGAAAGUCGUGGCUGCCAAAGAUCUGCCGAAACCGGUCAAGAUGGCCUGGCGUACGGCGAUUGAUGGCAGUCAGGACGUGGCGCUGGCUCUGCGGGUGAUGCAGAGGCGCAACCCCAAACUCCGCACCGACGAGUGGAAGGUGGUCGACACCGUGAUGUCGGAGCUGAACACCAGGCGCAUCGUCCUGAUGGACCAGGUGUCAGCUGACGUCAUCAGGGAGGCCGGCUACGUUCUGCACUCGGGGCUCGACACCAGCCACUUCAAGCUCCUGGAGACGGGGAAGGAGCGUGAGCAUGAAGAGGCUGGGGUGGAGCCCGGUACGGACGGGGGGGAGGGGGACUCGGCGGCCGACAAGGCUGCGGGCGCCGCGGGGGCGGCGACGGGGGAGGCCCCGGAGCGGGACGCGCCGCCUGGCGCUCCUGCGGAGGUGGCUGGGGACCGGUCGGAGGCGGGGGAAGUGGUGCUAGUCGGGGAGAGUCUCGCUGGGCUGCGCUGGGCCCGAGAGUCGUCACCGAUCUCGUCGAUGGCGGGCUCGGAGGACCUGCGCGGUCUGGAAGAACUCUACCUGGAGGGCACCACUUCGCCCAUGUCCUGCGACAACACGGUCCAGGAGGUGGCCGCUGAUCUCAGCACCACCAAACACUAACCGCCGUAAUGGAGGGGCUAAGGGAUCUGACCACGGUCAAGAUCCAGAAUAAAGGGGGGGGUAAGGCACUAGUCAUCUCAUCAGCCUACCUUCCUUACGAGGCGGCGGAUCCCAUCACCACACAACUGCGGGAUCUCGUCGACUACGGCAGCCGGGCGAACAC